CGCGGUUACUUAGAUUUUUAAGAUAAGUAUAUAAGUGAAUACAUUGUGACCUUGGUACUAGUUGACAAUUAAUAAUGUGCGAAAAGCGAUAAGCAAUAUCUUAAAAAUAGUGUUUUAUGUUUUUUUGUAACAAUACAAAUUUAUAGUAAUUAUAAUCAAUAAGUAAUCAAAUCGAUGCCAAUUCCAUAAUGGAGGAGGAAUCUGAAGCCGAAGAAAAAAAUAAAAAAUAUACAAUUAUAGUGUCUGGUCUCGUCAUACAUUUUCUUCUCCUUCUCGCUGUGUUCGAUGUGUAUUUUGCCAGUCCCCUGGACAAUGGAAUGUCACCAAUUAGAAGUACCUCUAAUCCGCCAGCUAAGAGACUAGUGUUGUUUGUUGCAGAUGGAUUGAGAGCAGAAGCUAUUUUUGGUGAAGGAAAAGAAGAACUGAUUCCUUUUUUGGCAGAUAAGUUAAAAAAUGUAGGGAGUUGGGGUGUUGCACAUACAAGGGUUCCAACGGAGUCCAGACCAGGUCAUGUGGCUAUGUUAGCUGGAAUAUACGAAGAUCCUAGUGCAAUUUUAAAGGGUUGGAAAUCUAAUCCUGUUAAUUUUGAUUCUGUAAUUAACCAAAGCACUAAUGCUUGGGCUUGGGGAAGUCCAGAUAUAGUUAAAAUAUUCAAUAAAGACAAUUUAUCUAAAAUACACAUAUCUUCUUAUGAUGCACAAAUCGAAGAUUUUGGCAAACAAGAUACAGGUAUAUUAGAUACUUGGGUAUUCCAAAAAGUCCAUAAUUUUCUGACAAACGAAGUAAAAAGUUGCACACAAGACUGUGAUCAAUAUUUUAAGAAUGGUAACACAUUUUUCCUGCAUUUACUGGGAAUUGAUACUGCAGGACACGGCUACAAGCCACAUUCCAAAGAAUAUAAAGAUAACAUUAGAUUAGUUGAUAGGAAUAUUGCAGUUAUUACGGAAUUAUUUAAUAACCUUUACCAAGAUGGUUUGACGGCUUUUGUAUUCACUGCUGAUCAUGGAAUGACAGACUGGGGAUCUCAUGGUGCUGGAACCGACCAUGAAACUCAAGUACCUGUUAUAACAUGGGGAGCAGGAAUUGCGAAAAAUCACAAAAGACAAGACAUUAAUCAAAUUGAUUUAGCUCCUAUGUUAGCAUCCCUUAUUGGAAUACACAUUCCUAUUAAUUCCUUAGGAAUUUUACCAGUAAAUUAUAUUAAUACUAGUCAAGAAAAUAAAGCACAGAUGAUGAAGUCGAAUGUAUUAGAAUUGUUAGAAAUAUAUAAUCGAAAAAGAUUAAGAACAAAAAAUGGUGCUUUAUUUUAUAUACCUUUUAAGCAUGACGAAUUUAUAAAUGAAAAGUUAAACAAAUUGGAAAUUCUUAAUGCUAAAUCCCAAACUGAUUAUCUCAUUUCUGAGUGUCAAAAUCUUAUCGAAGUGUUGAUAUCAGGAGUAAAUUAUUAUCAUAACUAUUAUCAGUAUCCUGUGUUAUUGACUGUGAGCUUAGGAUUCAUAUUGUGGGUCAUAUUCUUGUGUUUAUCUGUUUUUGGUAUAAAAAGAAGAAAAGUUACCAACAAAUCUUUGGACUUAAUUAUAUUUCUUUUAGUGAUAGGAACGACGUUUCUAUGUGCCAAAAGCCAGUUUAGCUUUACCUACUAUCUAUAUUUUAAUUUUCCAAUUUUAGUAUUCUUCUUGCUUCUUAAAGAUAGAGAAUUUUAUAAGUUUCCUCUACAAGUGACAUAUCCCAAUAUUGUGCAAGUUGUUUAUUACAUCAUAGGAAUAGAACUGAUGGUGUAUGGCUUUUACAAUAGAUUGUCGUUUAGUGUUAUAAUGAUUUUAAUAGCUAGCUGGAUCAACAUUUCCAAAUCUCUUAGAAUCAGUUCUUCCUCUGCUGAAAAAACUACUUGGGUGGUGUGUAGUAUAAUCUUAGCAAUCUUUCCAUGUUUACCUGUGAUGAGAACUUCCUUUAAUCUUCCGAUUUAUAUAGCUGGUUAUGUAGGAUACUUACUAAUAUUUCUGAAAAUAUAUUUUUAUGAUCUUAAACGUUAUAAUCAACUUAGCAGUCUUCAAUUACAUUAUAGAAUAUACUUGCUCCAGUUUUUCUUUUUGCAAAUAGCAGCAGUGUAUGUAUUACUGAUAGAAUUCGAAUAUAUUCCUUCUGAUUCUGUACUCAAAGGUGUUUCGUGGGUUAUAUUUAUCGUUCCAAUUUUAGUAAUUCCAUUGACUGACAAAUAUGUUGCUCUUCGACUUGUAGCUACAGUUUUUGGUUUUGCGCCUUUCUAUUUGAUGGUGUCACCCAAUUAUGAAGUAUUAUUUUCAGUAUUUUAUAUACUAUUACUUUACACAUGGCUUUUGAUAGAAAGCAAGACGUUUAAGUAUGAGUCGUCUCAUAAACUUAUUUAUUUUAUGAGGUUUGAACAUUACAAAAGCGAGAGUUUCGUCAAUACAGAUGACUUUAGACGAGCUUUUCUAUUUGUGGUAUUUAUCUUUGUAGGAUUCUUUGGUACAGGAAAUAUAGCAAGUAUGAACUCAUUUGAUCCAAUGUGGGUCAGAGCUUUCCUUACCGUGUUCAGUCCGUUUAAAAUGAUGGGUUUGAUUCUUCUCAAAUUUAUUGUGCCAUUUAUCUUUACUUGUAGUAUUUUUAGGGCCAUAAACGAAGUGGGAAAACAGAAUGUCAUGAAUAUAUUUUGUAUUAUAUUAAUUUUUUCGGAUCUAAUGGUUCUGCAGUUUUUAUAUUUGAUAACGAAUGUUGGUUCUUGGUUAGAUAUCGGCACUAGUUUAUCGCAUUUUAUUAUUAUGGAUAGUUUUGUUACGAUGUUGUUAUUGUUAUAUGGAUUUGCGUAUUGGCUAAUGAGUAUAAAGUACUGAUAACUUUGUGGUAAGCUACGAACAAAUAGUACUGAGAAACAGAAUUCUGUAUGUAUUUGAUAGAUAUUUUUAUUGUCUUAUAUUGUAAUUGUUUAUAUAAUUUAUAGCCAACAAAUAAAAUAUAAAAAUUAUAA